AUGUGGCAGGCCUGGAGCUGCGGGCAGCUGGCAUGCAAGCUGCUGGCGGCCGUGCUGAUGUGGCGGGUGGCUGUUGGUGACGUGGAGGGGAUGAGCCUGCGACUGCUAGAGCAGAUUCACUCCGUCUCCUUCCAGUUCUUUUCACACCCACUACUGCAGCAGCUACACCAUCAGCUCACCCCUCAACCCAAUCAACUCUCCUCAAAUCACUUCUCCCCUCACCACCAUCCCCACCCCUCUGACUGGAAACCUGCUCUCCUCUCCGCCCUCUGCUCCUCACUCGCAUCCCAACUCCCCUCCUCCCUCUCCUCUCUCUCCUCCCUCUCCUCCCUCCUUUCCUCCACUUCCCUCCUCGCCUCCUCCACCUCCUCCCUCACACCCUCCUCAGUCACACCCCCCUCCUCUCUCUCCUCCUCCUCUCUUGCCAUAGCCGAACGCUGCCUGGACUCGGUGGAAGCUGCCGGGAAGCUUCUGCGGGCCCUGGCAGGAGCAGCAGGAGCAGAGGGAGGAGUGGGCGGCUUGCUGGGAGGGGAGGUGCUGGAUGGGAGGCCGAAAGGGGGAGCAAGAGGUGUGGGAGUGGGGAUGGAAUCAGGAGGAGGGGCAGCAGGAGGGGAAGCGGGGCAGAGGCAGGAGCAGGGAUCAGCAGCAGCAGCAGCGAGGGUAGAGAGUGGCAGUGGUGGUGGUUCUGCUAGUGAAAAGUCGCCCCCUCUUGCCCUGGUGGCAGCAGCAGCAGAGGCGUGUUUGGUAGCAGAUGGGUUGCUGUGGCAGGCAGGGGGGCUGCUGGGCGCAGCAAGGGCUGCAGGAGACGUGCUGGCAGUCAGCAGUGGGGGAGGAUUGAGCGGUGCAGAUGGGUUUCAGGGGAGUAUGGUGGGUGCGGAGGAUCCCUGGGUGGUGCAGUGCGGUGCAGAUGGGGUGUACCUCUUUCCAGCCUCCCUCUCUCUUCCCAUCUUCUUUCCCUUUCUCCCUCACACCCCUACUCACCAGGACCAAGCAGUGGCAAUUACUCUCGACAUUCUCGCAUCUGCAGGCCAAACCAACCACCACCCCUCCUCCACCACCACCCCCAACCAACCCCCCACCAACCCCUCCACCCUCAACCCCUCCUCUCCUCUUCGCCCCACCACCCUCUUUGGAAACCCCAGCCUCUCCUCCUCCCCACCCACCCGCUCCUCCCCCUCACUCCCCUCCUCUUCCCAUUCCUCCUCCGCUCUCUCGUCUUCCUCUCUGCCGCCCGCCCGGCUGGCGGUGUGUCGGCUGCUUCUGGGGGUGCUGGUGAGGGCGCUGGCAGUGGAGGUGGCGUUGGUGCGACUAGCAGGUCCCACCAUGCUGCCCUCUGCUCUCCGGCUUGACGACUUCGAUGCUGCCGUGCAGCUUAUAGUGCAAGCAGCAGCUAAGGAACCAACCAUUCAGUCCGAUGUGGAGGCGGUGGUGGCGCUUGUCAGCACACUCACCCAGCUGUCUUGCCUACACGUCUUCUUUCUUGCUCACACCGCCAUGGAUUGGCAGCGGCAGUUCCCGCUUCUCCUAGCCGUGCUGCUCGUCGCGCUCUCCCUCUCCUCUGACGUCAUCCGUCCCUUCACCGCCUCGCCUGCCGCUUCGCAGGCGCAAUCCGGCCCCGAGUCCGCACCCGCCGCCGUGUCUGGCGCCGGGUUAGCUGCGAAUCCAGCCUCCGCUACUGGCGGCGGCGCGAUGUUCGCGUCGGCGUCCUCCACUCCUAUUGUUUUUUCUGUCCGUCCUGCUCCUUCCCUUCUUCCCAGGGGGGCGGCGCAGCAGGUUCGGCAGAUCCUCUUGGAUCGGUACCCGGACCUGGAGGUCAGCCUCGGCAACCACCCGCCCCCCGCGUACUGUCAGGUGCUCGCGAAGCUGCUCUCCGCGGCGCAGAUGGCGGCGUUCGCCGUGAUCUUCGCGGGAGACUCGCUGCUGCCCGUCGUCGGCCUCCCGCCGCCGUUUCCCCACUGGUACGAGCAGAUCCGAACCAACCGGCUAGGCUCGGCAGCGACCGUGUGGAUCGUGGGCAACGUGAUCCACGGGAAUCUCGCCAGCACCGGCGCGUUCGAGCUCGUCCUGGACGGCCGCACGCUCUUUUCGAAGCUGGCAGAGGGCCGCAUGCCACAGGUCAAUGAAAUCAUCUCAUUGGUGGACGAGCAACUUCGGGGUAACCACAUGCAGCAGUAA